AUGACUGUUAAUCAAACGUUGCCUUCAAAUGAAGACUUAAUUGAAUUUUAUGUUGAUAUCUCACAACAAUUAAAUCGUUAUUUAUCGAUUAUUAUUCUGACUUUUGGUGUUAUUGGAAAUAUAUUCAAUUCGAUCGUAUUAUCUCAACGCAUCUUUCGACGAAAUCCAUGUGCAUAUCUUUUUCUUAUUUCAUCAAUUAUUGAUUUCAUUUCGUUAGUAUUCGGUGUGACAACACGUAUUUUAUCUGGUUGGAAUAUCGAUCCCACGCGUACUCAUGAUUGGAUUUGUAAACUACGAGCUUUUAUUGUAUUUAGUUCGAGAACUGGAGCAAUUUGGUUGAUUAUGUUGGCAACACUGGAUCGAUGGUUAUUAUCGUCGCGAAAUUUCCGCUAUCGACAGUUGAGUUCAAUUAAAAAUGCGCAGAAAGGCAUUGUUAUCAGUUUCAUUGUAUCUAUACUGUUUUAUAUUCAUAUGUUCUAUUGUUAUCAAGCAAAUAUUGUCAAUGGGCCAUUGGCGUGUUACGGAAAAGAUAAGAUUUGUUGUUUUAUAACUGAUUUAACAUACGCACUGAUGACGAUCCUAACUCCAUUGUUUUUCAUGAUACUAUUCGGUUUAUUGACAAUAUCAAAUGUGCACCAAAUUCGAAAACGAAUCGAAAAGAAUGCCACUGUGAUGAUGACUAUAACCCGACCAAGGACCAACGUAAAACGUCGAAAAUGUACAAGAAAAAAGACGGAUUUACAUUUAUUACGAAUGUUGUUUGUACAAAUUCUUCUCCUAACAAUCUUUUGUAUUCCACAGGCGGUACACAAAUUUUACUUGACAUUUCAUUUGGUCUCCGAUGACAAUAACAUCGAAAUCACUAGCGCUCAAUUCCUGUACAACAUCGAAGUGUUACUCGCGUUUGUCACCAGCGGUAUGCCGUUUUACAUUUAUACAUUGUCAAGUGGGAGUGUAUUUCGGAGAACAUUUGCCGAUUUAUUACAUAAAUCAAUACGAACACUUGCACAGAUGUUCGUGCCGAAUUGA